UUUCAAGUCACCCAUAUGCCUCUCUCUCUCUCUCUCCAUUUUCAGGCCUGCAAGCAAGUUCAAAAAAGCUAACAAUGUAAUGAUAACAAAAAAACAAGACAUUGCUACAUGUGGCCCACCUCACCAAUAGGCUCAUGAGUCAUGCCCUCCACUGAGCAGUAGCAGCAGCAGCAGCAAUAUUAGCCCUUCCAUUCCACCACAGUUUUGUUCACUCAAAGUGCUCUCUGUACAAGCCAUUUCUUCAUUCCUCUCCAAGUUUUGAAUUCAGUAACUUGGAAAUCCAUGGCAGUGCCUGUGUUAUUAGUGCUCGAGCUUUGUUUCUUAAUGAUGGGUGGUCUUCUUGUUGUUGUUGAGUCCUUUCCAUUCUCUGAGGCUGACAAGAUUGCUUGGUUGCCUGGACAACCCUUUGUGGGGUUUCAACAGUUCUCAGGCUAUGUCACUGUGGAUGACAGGAAACAAAAAUCUCUCUUCUACUAUUUUGUUGAGGCUGAAUUUGAUCCAUUUUCAAAGCCUCUUGUUCUCUGGUUAAAUGGAGGGCCUGGGUGUUCUUCAUUGGGAGUGGGGGCAUUCUCUGAAAAUGGACCUUUUAGGCCAAAUGGGCAGGUUCUGGUUAAAAAUGAGUAUAGCUGGAACAGAGAAGCAAACAUGUUGUAUUUGGAAACCCCAGUGGGAGUGGGUUUUUCUUAUUCAACUGAUGCCUCCUCCUAUGAGGCAGUCUCUGAUCAACAAACUGCCAGGGAUAACCUUGUGUUCUUGCAAAGAUGGUUCCUCAAGUUCCCCCAAUACUUGCAUAGGGAUCUGUUCAUCACAGGAGAAAGCUAUGCAGGUACCCUUUGUAGCCCACACCAUCAUCUCUUUGUUUGGGGAACUUCUUCCAAAAAACUGUUUUUGAAAAAACAGUUGCAGUUGGGUAAUCCGGUUUUGGAGUUCGCUACAGACUUUAAUUCAAGGGCAGAGUUCUUUUGGUCUCAUGGGUUAAUAUCAGAUUCGACAUACAAAAUAUUCACUUCUUCAUGUAAUUAUUCGCGGUAUGUGAGCGAGUAUUACAGAAGCUCAGUUUCACCUGUUUGUUCAAAGGUUAUGAGCCAAGUGAGCAGAGAAACCAGUAGAUUUGUGGACAAAUAUGAUGUCACACUCGAUGUCUGUAUUUCAUCCGUGCUUUCACAGUCCAAGAAAAUUAGUCCUCAACAAGUUGGUGAAAAGAUUGAUGUGUGCGUCGAAGAUGAAACUGUCAAUUAUUUAAACAGACAAGAUGUGCAGAACGCAUUUCAUGCCCGGCUUGUUGGAGUAAACAGAUGGGUUGUUUGCAGUGACAUUCUAGAUUAUGAGCUGCUAGAUGUGGAGAUACCUACAAUCUCUUUAGUUGGAGAACUUAUUAAGGCUGGAAUUCGAGUCUUGGUUUACAGUGGUGAUCAAGAUUCUGUUAUUCCACUGACUGGAAGCCGAACCUUGGUUCGUGGGCUGGCAAAUCAAUUGGGAUUGAACACGACUGUACCAUAUCGUGUUUGGUUUGGAGGGCAACAGGUUGGUGGAUGGACUCAAGUUUAUGGUGAUACCCUCUCAUUCGCCACCAUUAGAGGUGCUUCUCAUGAAGCUCCUUUCUCACAGCCGGGGAGAUCGCUUGUACUAUUCCAGUCAUUUUUACAAGGCAUGCCUCUACCGGAAAUGUUCUAAUAUGUAUCAAUCCAAUUCCCAUAGCUUGAGAUUGUAAGUUGGCUUGUUGUUGGUAAAUAGUUGUCGAAGUAGAAGAGGUUUUUCUGUAAGAAGAGAAGCAAAAAGAGUACAUGCAGUUCUUUCUUUUCCA